UUAUAUAAAAAUAUUUGUAAAAAUUUGUAUUCGAAAUAUCAACUAAUCACAUUUAAUACUUUUAGUCCACAAUACAAUAAUGAUGAAGAUAGAAUUCGAGGAUUUGAGUAUGAUCCAAGUUUUCCAGUAAGGGGUUUAUGGUUUGAUACACUCUAUGGAAAUUUGUUAAAAGUUGAUGCUUAUGGAAAUAUACUUGUUUGUGUUCAUGGUUUUGAGUUUCUCAAACAUUCCCAAGUAUACGAACUUUAUCCAAAUAAAUUUCUUCAACUUGAUGAAUCACGAGUUUACGUAUUAAACACAUUAUUUAAUUUACCUGAGACUUAUUUAAUUGCAUGUCUUAUUGAUUUUUUUACAAACUCACCUCAAUAUACACGUGAAAAAACUGGUGUUAAAGAAGGUGAACUAACAAUGAGUUUUAAAAGUAUAUUCCAAGAUGUUCGUAACGCUGUUGAUUGGGUACAUAUACAUGGUGAUUUGAAAACUAGAACUAUACAAAAUUUAGAUGAAUUUGUUAAAAAAGACGAAAGAUUACCAAUGUUUUUAACAAGAAUACGAGAAAGUGGAGCUAAAGUAUUUUUAUUAACAAACAGUGAUUAUGUUUUUACUGAUAAAAUAAUGACAUAUUUGUUCGAUUUUUCUCACGGUGCCAGACCUGAUGAGUCACAUAGAAAUUGGAAAACUUAUUUUGAUACAAUCGUGGUUGAUGCAAAUAAGCCGUUAUUUUUUGGUGAGGGAACUAUUUUACGUCAAGUGGAUACAAAAAGUGGUGCUUUGAAACUUGGAACACACAAAGGGCCUUUACAUAGGGGCGAAGUUUAUUCAGGAGGGUCUUGUGAUGUUUUUACUGAAAUGAUUGGAGCAAAAGGUAAAGAUGUAUUAUACAUUGGAGAUCAUAUUUUUGGUGAUAUAUUAAAAAGUAAAAAAAUACGUGGAUGGAGAACAUUUUUAAUUGUUCCUGAAUUAGUUCAAGAGCUUCAUGUUUGGACUGAUAAAUGUCAGUUGUUUGCUGAACUUCAAAAUCUAGAUGUUAUGCUUGGUGAAAUGUAUAAAAAUUUAGACAGUAGUACAAAAGAGAAACCAGAUAUUUCAAAACUUCGAGCAUCAAUAAGAGAUGUCACACAUAAAAUGGACUUGGCAUACGGUAUGAUGGGAUCAUUAUUUAGGAGUGGUAGUAGACAGACUUUUUUUAGUAGUCAAGUUGUGAGGUAUGCAGAUCUAUACGCUGCAACAUUUCUCAAUCUUAUUUAUUAUCCAUUCUCAUACAUGUUUAGAGCACCUGCAAUGUUGAUGCCACAUGAAAGUACAGUCGCACAUGAACAACGUUUUGUCAUGGAAACACCAAUGAUUAGUCGAUCUCGUACAUUUAAACUUACCGAUGACGAAGAGGAACUAACUCUAGAUGUAAUUAAAACCGUACAUGUUGACGCAAAUCCUAAUCACAUACCUCAUGCUCGUCCAGAGACUCCUAAUCAUGUAACACAUUAUCACGAUGAGGAUUGCAGUGAUGAUGACAGCGAUUCAACCAAACAAUAUUCAUCAAAUAAAUCUGAUAGUCGAAAGGCUAGCAAGUCUAAUUAAUGUGCAGAAAGGAAUUAUGCUUAACAGUUUAUAAUGUAAUCUAUCCAUCUAUUUCUGUAUUUGAAUUGAAAUUAAUUUCUUUCGAGCAUUAGAAUAUUUGUAAAAUAUUGGGAACUGAAGAAAAUAUUUUUUUUUAUUAUGUUUAUCAAAAUGUAAGUUAUUAAAUAAUGAAUUAAAGAAAAAAUAUUUUUUGUAGAAAUAAUCAAGUAAUUGAAGCUUCAAAGUUUUAUGUGCCCAAAAUAACAAUAAGCUUAUAACAAUUGUAAUAACAGUAAUAGCUUAUAGAUUAAUAAAACAAAAGAUCUUGUAUGUUUUCCAUAUUUUACUGAUUUAUUUUAUAUAUUCACAGUUUGAUAUGACUUUGAAAAAAAAAACUUUUUCGUCAAAAACUUUAUAGGUGUGUUCGUUCACUUUUCACACUGAGCGUAUGCACGGAGCGUACAGUUGAGCUUGCCAGUGUAAAUUUUGGGGUUAAGACAAACACAUACAAACACGUAUAAACAUGAAGCAUCCGUGAGGCUUGAAAAAACCGAAUUCGAACCGAACGCAAAGGAACGAGGGCUUGAGGCCACGGGAGCCAACUUGAAACUAUAAAAACCAGUUAUUCAACAAAAAUGAAAGUCCCUAUAUUGCUUUCCUUCCGAAAAAAAAGUCUCUGAAGUUAGAUUGAAUUGUCGGUGUGUUCAAAUAAAAUUUCUUAUCUGUGAUUAUUAUAAUUCUGUAUUCGAAUUGAAUCAAGUUUAAAAUCGGCAUACUUGCAUAAUAUUAAAAUUUUGUUUAUGCACCAUAAGCUUAUAAAUGAAAAAAAAAACUGCGAAUAUUUUGACUAUAAAAUUAUAUUUUAUUAUUUACAUAUUGAGAGACUGAUCCAGUAACAAUAUUUUAUAGCAAUUACUAUUUUUUUUUUUUUUUUUCAAGAAACGAUAAACCUACGCUAUUGAUAGUAAAUGAAUAAAGAAUACAUUUUUAUUAAGCCACUGAAAAUAGACGAAUAUAAUGUAACAACAAUGUUGUAUAAAAUUUUCUUGAAUAAAAAUUACUAAUUUCUUUCUAUCAUACUUUUACUUAUGACUUUACAUUGAAUUUUUUAUAUACAUAUGAAAUUUUUUAUGAUGAAAAACUAUAAAACACGUUUAAAUUUAGUGCUAUUUACAUCCAAUUAAACUUAAAAAUAACUGCGUGUCACUUGGAAGUGAUUGUUUUUAGAACAUCAUUCAUGUGAUUGAUGUCUUGAUAAUUAAUAUGAACUUUCAUAAUUUGGAAAUUGUAUGAUCUAUUUGUUUUUAUUCAAUAAUUGUUAGCAUUUUGUAAUCGUAUUCGAAGUUUUUUUUUUUUUAAGUUGUCAAGUACAAAUAUUGAAUUUCAAUACCAAUUUAUCCAAAAAAUCGGGAAACUUUUUAUACCUUUCUUUGAGUCUCAAUUUUUAUUAUAUGAUACCAUUAAUAAUUGCGAAUAAUUAUUUUGUAUAUUAAAAUCACUAAGAUGAUUUUGUAAGGAUUCAUAUUCUUUACAAAACAUGGGUUUAUCUGAUUUCUUCUGAUUUGUUUGGUUGGUCAUGUACCAGGUAGUGAUAAAUUACUUAAAAACUUGCACUGAAUGCCGUGCGAGGGCAUAGCAGUUCCG